AUGGCUGAAGCUCGGCUCUCUACCUUCAUUCACUACUCAGAGGUUCCUGCAUUCUACGAUGUGAGUACCAGGGAGCUCGCGCUCGAUUCGACUUAUCUCAGUGUGGACUCUGGCGUACAUCAGCAACGGUUAUACAGCAUGCUUAUUCUAAGCAUGGAGGGAUGUGGAUGCGAUUUUUCAAAAAGAGAUCCCACCAUUCCAACUAGGAGCAAUGGGGCCGAAAAUUUUGAGAGGCUUCUUGAGAAGGAUGGGUUCAAAACAUGGGGUUUCGUGAUAUUUCGGUGCACGUAUCAAAAUGACUCGGACUGGGGGAAAUUCAUGGCACACUUCCUCCGUCCCGUUCUGGAAAAUAUUGAGUACUACAAGGGUCUAGACCUCCUUGGCAAAUUUGCCCCAACGGUCCUGGAAAACCGAUCCUUUGAGGGCGCGACAGUUGCCGUCCUACGCGAUCACUUCAAUCAGUGGGCGACGACGGUACUACGAGAGGAACACGGUUUCCAGAACGGUCAUCGUGGAGGGGCUGGCCGGUAUAAGUUCUCCGUCGUGGUGGACCAGGAGGCAUUGGAAUCGGUAUUAAACGCCCCGGAUGACGACAAGGACACGGGCUUUGUUCGCCUAGUUCAAGCGGGAUGGCAGCCAGAGGAGCUGGAUCAGGAUGAGUUAAGGGAACAAAAUGGUCCUGAGCCAGAGGAAGAACCACUGGAGGGGUGUACCGAAUAUGAUGUUGGCUGGAUGAAAGUCCCCUACCGUGACGCGGAGGUUUCAUUCGUCCAUAUGACUGAUGACAAUCACUGGGAUUUAUAUCAUUCUCGUCCCCCGGAGAUUCAGACACUACAGUAG